CGCCGCCGCGAGCGCACUCGCGGGCCGCAGUGAAAAGCCGGAGGCGGCGGCCGCACGGGUUCCGCUCGGGUUCCCGGUGCCUUGCCCCUCCGGCCGCCUCCCGCACCCGCCAAACUUAAUGUGACCCCCCCCUUCCUUUCUCCUCAGCCUGACGCGGCGGCAGCCGCUCUCCUCACGAGCCCGCACUCUCCUCGGGGGCGCACGGCUCGCCGUGCCCCUGCUCGGCACGGGACCCGCCGUCCCGCUCCCCUCUCCGCGCCCCCUCACCAUGAGCAACCUGAAGCCGGACGUCGAGCACUGCACGGGCGCGGGCACCGGCACGGGCCCCAGCUGCCCGCUGGAGGAGGAGGUCCGGACACUGUUUGUCAGUGGCCUCCCUGUGGAUAUUAAACCUAGAGAACUCUACCUGCUCUUCCGGCCAUUCAAGGGCUAUGAAGGGUCCCUGAUCAAGCUCACCUCAAGACAGCCUGUUGGUUUUGUGAUCUUUGACAGCCGGGCAGGAGCGGAAGCAGCCAAAAAUGCAUUGAAUGGUAUUCGCUUUGAUCCGGAGAACCCACAGACCCUGAGGCUAGAGUUUGCCAAAGCCAACACCAAGAUGGCCAAGAGCAAACUAAUAGCAACACCAAAUCCCACCAGUGUCCACCCUGCCCUUGGAGCACACUUGAUUGCUCGGGACCCUUAUGACCUGAUGGGGGCUGCUCUGAUUCCUGCGUCCCCAGAGGCCUGGGCCCCUUACCCUCUCUACACCACAGAGCUGACCCCAGCCAUUUCACAUACCACGUUCACCUACCCAGCUGCCACUGCUGCUGCUGCCGCUGCCCUACAUGCUCAGGUGCGCUGGUACCCCCUCCUCUGACACCACUCAGCAAGGAUGGAAGUAUCGCCAGUUCUGUUAGCUCCUCAGUCUUGUCACCCUGGAGUUGGUCCUGGGUUGUGUGGGGCCAAAACAGGGCUCUGCCCUCACUGCCACCCGAGGCCUGUGCGGGCUGCUGCUUCCCUCUAGACACUGUGAAUCUGAAGCCUGACUCAGUGGACGGCUCUUGUUUCUUUCUCAGUUCUCCAAGGCCUUCAGAAGGAUCGGGGGUCUUGGAUACCUAGGUCCAGCUUGCAGGCCUCACUGGGACCCAGCACAGCCUGACCGCCUGCUCAGACUUGUAUCUGUAGCUCCCCAUCUAAGAAAAGGGACGUUUAAUUUUGCAUGUUUAUGAAUUGUGACACUUGUGCAUAUGUGUUUGUUCCCACACUGUCGCUGUAGCAACAGGUCUUGGCACUGGAGGCUAGUCCAGCCUACAGCUUCUCUCCACUCCUGACUCCAGCACCCUGCUUCAGGGGGGCCUGAGCCUGUGGUCACUUCUGCCUUGGGGCCCCCAGCUCCUAACACACACACACACACACACACACACACGGAGAGACUCCGUUCUCAUCCAGCAGCAGAUCAGCAGCCUCUGAUUUCCACUUCAGAUCAGUCCUCCUUCUCCAGGCUGACAAGUCUGAGAAGCCAGCCUUGUGCUUGCCUUCCCAGUGUUCCCCACCCUGCCACUGCUCCUCAUUCUUCCUGAACUUCAAAACCAACCAAAACGGGAAAAGUAUUUUUGUACCCUGUGUAACAAAAUAUUUAUGGAUCAUAAAGGGUUUUUCAUGUGUUUACCAUUAAUUAUUGAAGAGACCUUGUUCAGCCUGUCAGAUAAGUUUAACGUUUAGUUUGAAGCAUGAAGAAGAAAAGGGUUUCCGUUCUUCAGCAGUCCGCCUUUGUGUCGGGCAUUGGUUUAAGAAGAAUGAGAUGAAGGAUAAAUUGUGCAAUUUUGUUUUAUUUUACAAGCAUGUCUGUGCUUUACCUUUAAACCUCAGCUCGGAUGUCUGGCUGCUUCGGACGAUGAUGUCUGGAGGUGGCUGUUGUAAUUGGUGACCCUGUGAGAAUGUGAAACUGGAUCAUAAAUGAAAUGCAAAAUAAAAACCUGAAGUGACUUUG